AUGGCAACCAUCCCCUACACAGCCACUGCUACAGUAACUGUACCUCCAAGUCUGGCAAUAGUGGCCGGAACCACUGUCCAAGCCUCAAUAACCAUUGCUGGCACACCGACUGCCGUCGUCUGGGCUCCAUUGUCCCCCUAUGCAGCAACGAAUGUGCAAGGAAAUGCCACUCUUACGGCCACCUUCUCAGUUCCACUGUCAGUAGAGAAAGGACCCUUCUCUGCUGAUGCCACCUUCACGGUUUACGAUACCGCUGGUGCUCAGAUACCAAUUACCGCCACCAUUACUGCCAACCCUGCCGCGGCACCAGCAGAGGCAACGAGCAGCGCAUCUUCUCCAAGUCCCACUUCGUUUGUGUCGCAAACCACCACGACAUUAUAUUCGAUAACUUCCAGCUCUACGUCAUCGUCGAAUUCCACGGCUUCCUUUGCGACGGCACCAAGCUCUCCACUUUCUGUGCCCGCUGGCCAACCAACACAAACCGAACUGCCCACAAUAAGCAAGGGCUACAGCACCGCUGAUCUGGCAGGAGCGGCAGUGGGAUGCGGGAUUGGAGGUGCUGUCCUCGUCGGCCUGGCGGCAUUUCUCUUUUAUCGGAGGCGCAAAAGAAAAGCGUCUGAAAUCCUUCCCGGUGCUGGCUCAGCUGCCCGGUCUGGGAAAAGGCAUCCUGAUCCAAGCCCCAGCAAUGAAGACGUGGUCGUGGUGGAAACACGGGCAUGGGAAAAACACCUGCCACAAUCCGAGUCCGAUCAGGCUGUGCGCAAUAUGGCCAGCCGCACCCUGGAUCAAAUUGAGAUGCACGUCGAGAAUUUCUACCGAGAUGCAACCAAUGUGUCUAUUAGCCAUACAGCUGCAUCGGAAAUGCGAGACUUGGACUGUAGUCAUCUGCCUGACUCGGCAUCGAACCUCAUCCGAACAUCUCGCAGACCUACCUCGUUGAUCAAACAUUGUAUUGCCAACCUGAUCCUGUCCCGGAUUGACUUUACGAAGAACUCAAACGACUCCUUCUUGCCCAGAGAUAUGAUGAUGUUGCAAUCUUCUUUGAAAACUGCGCCGGAAAACCCAGGGUUCGCACAGGCUUUAGCCCACUGGCGAGUCCUCUCGGCCUACCUGAGGCAAGAGCCGCAGCAUGACGAGGAAUAUCUUACAGAGCGUGAUCAAAGAAUCAAUGCCGCCGCGGAAAAGUUAUGCGUUGCUUUCGAGCCAUGGGCUCGAUCAGCGGAUAAUACUCGCUUCCGAAGCAUGGUGGGCAUAAUGCAACGAGCCAGCGACUUAGGGGUCAUGUUGUUUUCGCAGCCCGCUUCGUUCCGGUGGCAGUGGGAGGCUAGCAACAGGGGAGGGGUACCCCAGAAUGGUCCAGGCAAGGUUGCUGUCCUGCCAGGACUGUACAAGGUGACUGACGAAGAGGCACGUUCGCUUGCGUCUCCAUUGCACCUGAUCGAGCCUCGGUUGUCCAGGGAGGGCUGGUUUUAG